ACACGUGGGGGUGGAGGAGGGCUAAGCUUAGAACCCAUUUCCUGGCAAAAGAAGCCCUUUAGUUCAGAUGUUCUCGGGCUAGGGAAGUCCCAAGGCUGCCAAUCUCCUGGCACCGGGAGAAAGCCAAAAAGAAAAAAAAAGAAAAAAAAAAAAGAAAAAAGUAUAGAACGUCUCCCUCUAUAUUAUUAAUUAUUAUUAUUUAUCUUGCGUGUAAUCCAUUCCUCCUUAGUGCCUCCUCCCUUUCCUGCUUCUCCUCCUCCUGUUGUAACAUGCAAUUAGCGAUCCUGCAGCCACAUUUCCAGGGGUGCUAAAGUUCAUUUCGCUUAUAGCCACCAUGGGGAAUGGGAUGAACAAGAUCCUGCCCGGUCUCUACGUUGGCAACUUUAAAGAUGCUAGAGAUGCAGAGCAGCUGAGCAAGAAUAAAGUUACACACAUUCUCUCCAUCCAUGAUAGCGCCAGACCUAUGCUUGAGGGAAUUAAGUACCUGUGUAUUCCUGCAGCGGAUUCACCCUCUCAGAACUUGACAAGACAUUUUAAAGAGAGUAUCAGGUUUAUUCAUGAAUGCCGGCUUAGAGGUGAGGGCUGUCUUGUACACUGCCUGGCUGGUGUUUCCAGGAGUGUGACCUUGGUGGUUGCUUACAUUAUGACAAUUACUGAUUUUGGCUGGGAAGAUGCACUGCACAUGGUUCGGGCAGGAAGAUCGUGUGCCAAUCCCAAUUUGGGUUUCCAGAAGCAACUCCAGGAGUUUGAAAAGAAUGAGGUUGACCAGUUUCGACAGUGGCUGAAAGAUGAAUAUGGAGAAAACCCUCUGAAGGACGCAGAAGAAGCCAAAAACAUUCUGGGUAAUUACAAAGAGCAAGCACGUGCAGAACCACCCCAGCAGAAUCCCAGUGGCAGGCGGUGGAAUAGCUUUUCGACUCUCCCAUCGCUAGCCUACAACAACUAUACCACGGAGACAUAACUCAACGGGAUGCAGUCUUCUUCCUCCUCUCCUUCCUGCUUGUCUUUCGUGUUUUCUGUAUGCACAGUGGUGGAUUGGACCCCUUUGCAGUCCAUAUGGUAUUGAGAUAGGGCUGCCAGGGGUGAUGAGGUGAUGGGGUGAUGGGGUGAUGGUGGUGGAGGUCUGGUAGUUGUAGUGGUGAAGGAAUCGAGGGCUUCUCCUCCUGCAGAUAUUCAUUCUCCAGGCAUACUCUCUUAGCCUGCAAUUUCAGAUCCUCCUCCAAAUGACCCCAGCCUUAGCUUGCUUUGCAAAAGGGAUGCUGCUCAAUUGUUGUGCCCUACUGUGGUGGGGAGGGGUGUGCGGGAACACACACAUGUGUGUUAUGUACACAAAUGUGUGUCCUUGUAUAUAUGAUAACAGUUAUAUGUGUGUAUACAUGUGAAAAUGCCACCAGUAUUAGAAUUUGUGGUCCAGACCUCUAUGCAGAAAUAUUUAAGCCAUUCAUUAACAAAGAAAAACUCUGGAAAAAAUAGCAUUGUAUAUAUGUGAGCUGACAUUAAAAAAACAAAACAAAACUCAAGGACAUAGGUGGCUGAGGGCUAGAGGGAGCAGUGUUCUUCCCUGGGAGCCUAGUUUGGGGUGAUAUGGGAAUAGAUACCAAAGGAGAGGGGAGAGAUGAGGUAGAAGAGCUCCAGUGGAAAGUGGCCCCUCAAAGCUGUUUGCUCUUUAGUUAGUUAUCCUUGAGCUAGUGCACCCUGGGGAGCCAGGUUUUGUUCUGGGGGACCUUAGACUUUCCUCAGCUGAUCCUGGCUUGGUCCAGGCAGUCUCUACAUUUUUCUGGGGUGUUAGGGCCCUUGUGAGCAGAUCACUCACUGCUGAGUUCUGCUGAAUUUUGACUGUUUAGAUGUUGACCUCAACAUCAUCAGGACCUCCUCAAAGAUCCCUUUCUACAUACGUUCAUUUUUCACCCCCACUCUGUAAUGGGCUUCUCUCAAGAUUCCUAAGCACCUGUAGGGAUCUGUCUGUUGCUUCCAAAGAAAGUGUUUUUUUUAAACACCUGGACAGUGUUUGUUAAUAAUUGCCUGAGCAUUGAUUAAGUAUUUUUGUUUGUACUGUGGACUUGGGAGUUGACCUCAGCUACCUCAUAGAAAGAAGUUGGGUUUUUGUUUGGGGCUUUUUCCUUAUUUUUUUUAAACUGAUGAAUCCAACCCUUGAAUAGACAUGCUCAGUCUUUUUGGGAAGAGAAAAUGGAAGGAUUUCAAUGCCCACCCAAGUUAUUUGAAAGUUUCUAACUUUGGCUUGAAUAAUGAUGCUCUGAUGGGUCUGAACUUAAGUAUGAGAAUAGAGGUCAGCAGAAUAGUACAAAUGUGUGGCCUCUGCCUUGUGUGCACUUGGGACCAGCAGUAGGCAUCAUCUGCUGAGUGCUGCUGUCUUCCAUGGGAUCUCAACUCCCUUAUACCAACUCAGACUUUUUAAGCACGCAGAGCUCCAAGAAUGAAAAAAUGUGCCCGUCCUCUCCCUAAAAAGAUGUUGCAACCCUGUUCCUCUGAAUGCCACCACAAAAGAACCCCUGAAUAAGAAGAGAAGUUAUCCAGUGCAUUUUAGGGUCUGUGUUAAAGGUGAGCCAUUUGGGGAAAGGGAAGAAUGGAAUUGCAUAUUUCUAGAUUAGAAUCCUUCUGCCACAAAUAGAACAGUAGAAGGGAGAGAUGCUAAUGAUGCCAUUAUAAACUUGCACUCCAAACAAUGGGAAAAACCCCUGCCUUUUAGAGCAAUUUUAAGAGUAAACCAAAAAGGAAAUCUUAUAUAAUAAGUUAGAAUAUUGAGAAGUUAGUUUCCAAAUACAUAAAUGUGUGUAUUUUUGACUAUCUAAAUACUGUGCAUAAUCCAAAAUGCCAUUUUAAAUAGUGGUUGCCAGUGAUGUUCUUUCUCCACAGCAACAGCCGGAGUUCUGAAAUAUUUGACAUUACUAAGAAGACUAGUGGACAGCUGAAGAUGUCUGCUUCUUCUCAGAUUGACUGGGAGCUAUUCUUAGCAUACCUGUAGUUUCUGAGUUUCCAUCUCAGUGGACUGGCUUGCACUGCUCAAAAAAAGGGGGCUCAAUAGGUGGGAAUAACCUGUGGUCAUUUUCUAGAUAUCCAGUUUUACGUUUCUACUGACCUUGCUUAGGCUCUUGUCUUUUUUUUUUAAUUGGAAAGAUGUUCUAUCAUGACACUGUGUAUGCCUUUAGGGAAUGGGGUUACCAUUUGGCUAAAAGAAAGUUAUGAAGCUUUAGCUGGAUUUAAAUUUGGAGACAGGGGUGGGGGGGGUGGGUGACAACAAUUCAACAUAUUAGACAUGUUUUUCCCAUUCGGGUUUUUGGUGUAAUGCUGAUUGUUUCUUAGAAUUGAUUUGAAUGGAGAAGAUGGUGACCUUUGGGGGCUUUAAUCCAGUGUGUACUUUGGCACCUCAGGGGGAACAUUGUGCAAACCUCUCCCUAUUUGUAUUUUCUCCAUGAUAUUUAUCAUCUGUGGUGUGUGUUUAAUCAAAGUUCCAUGUUUUUAUUAAUAAAGAUUACCUUUCCUAACUUUA